AUGAAAUUUGAUGAAGGACAUAGUCCCAGAGACAACAAGGAAUACACUGGCUAUGUGUCCCGUCUCAAAUUGAAAGACUCCAAGUCCGUGGAGAAGAGCCAUAUUGUAGGCCUCGCCCAAGCUGGCUGGUGGGAGAUGUACAACAAGGCGUCAAAGGAAGAUAGGGUCAAAUUCCCAAAGGUCAUGACUGCCCUCAAGGUGGGGGAUGAGGUCUAUCUCGCGUCCAGCCUCAAGGGCGGUAACUACAUCUACGAAGGCCGAGAAGGACCCAGGGAGGAAAAACCCAAUGAGAAAAUAGGAGAAACACACUACGGAAAAUUUACCACUGUCCUAGAGGAGAAUGCGCCAGAUGUCAUGAACGCCCUCGACCAGUGCAGACAGGAAAGCAUCAAAACAAUAUUGAAAACCACGAGGGCCCUGGACAAACAGGGUGCUGGAAAAGAUGAAUGGACCGUGAGUAGGAAGAAGGGUGUCACAUCGAGAGGUGGUGGUCAAUGGAACAGCGCGGUGGGAGGCAGGCGAAAGGGUAAACCUCCUGGUGACACGAAGCCAAAAACUGGCAACACUCUCAUCCAACACAAGAACGAUGGAGCCUGUGGAGAGAUCAUGGCAUCCCUCGAAUAUUACUUGAUCGACGAGCAGCCGUCCUUGACAACCUUGGAUGUGCGACCUACCGUGGUCGCAUGGUCAGAGGAUAUCGAGAAAACGGGGAAGGUCAAAGAUAACGGUAACGAUGGUAUCAAGCCUCCAUGUGAUUCUACGGACCCCGAGAAAGCCGACAAAGGAUGCGGAGAGGGCUGGGGUUGUUUGGCUUUUACUGGAACAAAAGGGAUGAAAUUCGAGGUCAUCCCCAAGGGCACAGAACCAGCCCUUCUCAAGGAGGGUGACUUUGACAUUGUAAAAGCUCCAACUUUCCCUACUCCCCAGAAGAGAACCAGAAACACCCAGUCCAAUCCUGAACACAGGGGUCCCGAACAGAAGGGCCCUGAACACAAGGAUCCUGAACAGAAGGGCCCUGAACACAAGGGUCCCGAACAGAAGGGCCCUGAACACAAGGAUCCUGAACAGAAGGGCCCUGAACACCAGGAUCCUAAGCAGAAGCCUAAUAAGAAGCCCAAUAAGAAGCCUAAGAAGCCUAAGAAGACGCAGAUUUCUUAG